GUUGAACAUUACUCCUCAACAAAAUAUGACACAUCACCGACUGGGACCCAAUGACUUAACAUGCUGCUACAGUUAAUGACUUUAAAAGGAAUUGAAUGAAUCCCAGUAACAUGUUCAUCAGUAACAAAGCAGGUCUCUCAGAAAUCAACAGAUCUCAAACACACUGACAUUAAAUAUGUGCAUCGAUAAAUUUUUAAAUACACUGUCUUCAGGUUAUCUGUCGACCUUGGUGCAAGUAGACAAUUUCAAUGACUUUGGCUGAUUUCUAUUUAAUACUAUAUGAUUUUGCGUAUGGUGAAUUCAAAUUCAAACGUCAUCAAUUAAGAUAUACAUUUGGAUUAAAGUUUAAAUAAUUGACUUUCUUUUCCACUUUGGAAUUUGUUCAGAUUGAUUAAAUCAAGAAAAAAAUAGAAUUCUUGGAAUUCAUUUGAUUAAAAGAUGAUGAAAAUUAUUUUGUUAACUUAAACUUUCUUUAAUCCAAAAAGAAAAUUAUUGAAGAAAAUAAAAUUUAACUUAAUAGUUACCAUGACAAGUAGUGAAUGUAAAAGUAAAAUUAAUAGUACAAUUGAAUGUCCAGUAACACAUGUGAACAAUAAUCAAAAACAAAUGAAUAUUGGUCGACCACCAAGUUCAAUAAGUUUAAUAACUGAUCAAUUAAAGUUAUCCAGUUUAAAUGAACGUGAUUCAUGUAUGUCAAUGAGAACGAUGAAAAUGACAGUUGGAGUAAUGCCAACAACAACAUCAACAACAAGUAAAUCAAUGUAUACAGGACAACAUAAUAUCAAUUGUGAAUCUUAUGGUUUGAAGACAAGAAAUGCUUAUUCAAUGCCUAUACAUUCUAUCAUUGGUUUACAAUUGAAACGUAAUAUCACUAGUAAUGAUAAUGAUAGUACAAAUAAUAACAAUACAGAUUGGAGAAGUGGAUCAAAAGAUUAUCAUCAUUCACGUACUGUACACUUUCAUGAUGUGUUUGCACCAAGUUCUAGUGUUUGUUCUUCUCUUCGGUCUACUAUGUCAGAGUUUGAAGAUGGAAAUGAAAUAAUUAAUCUUGAACCGAAUUCGUCUUCUCUUCAUGUUUUAUCUGCAAGCGCUCCAGCUACAAAUUAUUCAUUAAAUUCCAUGUCGAAUGUAUUAAAAUUCAAUGAAAUACAAUCUUGUCAGCAACAUUAUCACCAUAUAGAUCAUCCCUAUCAUCCUCAUCUCCAUCAUCGUCAUCAUCACCAUCAUCAUCAAAUCAAUAAUAGUAAUAACAAUACUGUUACACCUUCAACAUCUACAUUCAACUUUUCAUCAGCUUCAUUCCCCUGUUCUGUGGAUGAUAAAGUCGAUCAUAUGAAUGUAUUAAUUAAUCAAUUUAAUGUACCAUGUAAAACAGUAUGUUCGUCUCCUUUUUCCUCUUCCUCUUCAUCAACAUCAUGUUACUUUUGUUCAGUUUGUUGUUCUUGUUGUCUGUUUGAAGUAAAUAAUCCUUCAUAUUCACAUAUUCAACAUUUACAUGAUCUUUUACCACCGGCAAAGCGUGUUUGUCGUUCAACAAGUUCAAGUUCUGAUAUGCAUUCACAGACAUCAUCAUAUGGUUAUUCUUGUCGUCCAUUUCCUUUUAUAAUGUCAUCUUGUUCAUGUUCUUUAUCUUCUCAUAUACCACCACAGCCGUCAUCAGUCUCAUCUUAUCGUCAUUGUCAUAAAUGUAAUAAUAAUGACAGUAAUAAUAAUAACAAUCAACAUAGUUCUGCAGCCAUGUUGAAAACAAUGCAGUCAUAUAUGAGGACUCUUCCACGACCAAUUGCAGUACGAUUAGAUUCAAAAAUAGUGUAUAACGAAAAGUCAAAAAGUUGCACUAAUAUGGAUAAUGUCAAAUUAUUAAAUUCUAAUGACAAUAAUACUAAUAAUGGUGGUGGUACCUUACGAAAUAAUAAUAAUAAUAAUGAUCAUGGUGUUAUUCUACGUCCAAAACCAUUGGAUUUAAACUCUUUUAAUAAAAUGAAUAAUGGAUCACGUAUUAGUUGGCAUCAUCCAUUGUUUAACUUUGGUUCUGGAGCUGCUCAAACUAAGUGUAGCAAUAAUAAUGGUAAUAAUUUAUCUUCACAGACUGAAGUUGGUGAAGUCACUCUGCAACAUAAUAACUCUCCUACAGACUUCCCACAAGCACAUUCAGAUAAUUUACAAAAAUCUGUUCGUCUACGUAAUCGGACUACACAUAGUAAUAGCAGCGGUGGCAACAGUAUUCAUAUUAAUAAUAGUAAUAAUAAAAGUCAUUUCGAUCGUGUUCAUCAUCGUCCAAGUCAUAUAGAAAUUAAAGAUUCACAAUACUCUUCAUUGUCAAUUCAUGCAUUGCCUAGUCCUUCAUCAGCAUUCACUCCAACCAGGGCAUCAUUUGGUAGUUUCCCAAUGGAUGUUAACUCUUCCGAAUUUUCACUUUCUCCAACUACUGAGUCAAUAUCUUCGUCAAUUCAAAUAACUACUCGAACUCCCUCAUCUGGAUUUCAUGAAGCUUCAUUUUUUGGCUUAUCUGAAGCAUCUAGUUUACCAGAUUGUUCGAGAUUUGGUGUAUCUUCAGAUUCUGGUCCAAGUUCCAAUCAUCAUUGUAAUUGUAAUUGUCAUCAACGUCGUCAACAGCAUUAUCAUCACCAUCAUAGACGAAAUCAAACAAACAUAUCAAUCGAUAAUAAGUCAUUAAAUCAAUCUGGUGAUAUAUCAAGUAAACUGACAGACUUAGAGCCAUGCUUUAAAUUAGAAGACAGUGAGCCUAAUAUUAAUGAUAAUCAUCAGAGUAGAAAUACUAGUAGUAGUAGUAGUAGCAGUAAUAGUGAUAGCGGUAGUUAUUGUUGUAGUUAUUCUUUACCAUCAGUGAAAUGUAUGCUUAGAUGCUGUUCACAGCCCAAUGAUGAUACAAUUUAUGAUAUCAAUUAUCGACAUUCACCUCAUUGCUCUAGAACUCUGAAGCAUAUACAUCAAUCACCUACUACUACCACUACUAAUACUACUACGUGUACGUUUUUCACUACUAUUUCUACAACUGCAAUGAUGAUAACGACGAAGACAUCAACAACAACUUCUAGUAAUAUCACCAUCGCUAACACAGCAGCUGGAUUAAAACGUAGACGUGGACCAAGCGGUGAAUGUAACAAUCAAUAUUAUAGAGAUACUGAUUUUCACAACGAAUCCAAUAAUUAUCAUCAUCACACUCAUGAGGAGGAGAGAAAGCAAUUAUUGGCACAUGAGGAAUUACUGCCUUGCAAUUGUUGUAUGUUUAAAAGAACAACAGAUCAGUUAAAAAACAAUCACGAUGGUAAAUCAUUGUCUGACAUUGAACAUCUAAAUUAUAUGUCUACAAUUUUAUCAAAUAGUAGAUUAGAUGAUACCUUAGACUGUCACCAUCGACAUCAUUAUCAUCAACAUCAUCAGUCUACUUGUCAAUGUCAUGAUGUACAGCGGCAUUCAAUGUUUCCGUCCAUUGAUCAGCAUUCAUCAAUGAUUCCUUCAUAUUCCUGUUCUUCUGCCAUCUCGAAAUGUUUGUCUAUAUUUGAUGCACAUAAAUGUCAAGAUAAUGCCACUUUAAGUGAAUCUGAUAUACAUGAUGAGCAUUAUCACUAUUUGUCUUCUACUGCAUCAUCAAUAAAACACUGUACACAAUCUAAUUUGAAAAAUACUACAUUGAUGAUGGAUAAUAAUGAAAAUGGUAAAAUUACUGAAGCUGUAAACGAUAAUUCAUGUUCUGUCGCCAACUCUUUAAGAAAUCCGUGCUACAUAUCGUCUUAUGAGCAUUGUCCUAGUGUUUUUUCUGAAGAAAACCUAAUACAUCGUUACACGUACAAUGAAUUAGGAAAACUUUAUGAAAUGACUGAAGAUGAAAAGGAACAUGAAACACCUGAAACAAUGAUUGAUGAAAAUAGCAAUAAUGGUAGAAUAUCCGAAACAAAUUAUCAUCAUCCUAUAAUUCCAUUGUCAUCGCCAUCAAUUUAUGAAAUUGCAUUUACCCCAAUUCAUCCAUCAACAAAUAUUGAAUGGGAUAAUUCAGAUGAUAGAAAUAGUGAUAGUUGUGGAAUACCGGUACACGAUCAUCCAGAUGUACUAUUGAACGAAUCAGUUGAUACAAAUUUAAAAGAUGAUAGUACUGGUAGACAAGUUUUACUUUUUACACCGUCAUCAACGAGUUCGAACUCUGAUAGAGAAUCAGAUGACAUGAAAAGUAUUCUUUCUCCACAAACACCUAAUCGCCAACGUACCUGUUCAGACAUUCUACAAGAAAAAUCAAAUAACAACAAACAAACAUUGUCUUUCACGGAUCUGGACUUGGAAUUGAUCGAGAAUGACUAAAUUACAUGAUGACAUAUAUUUCCUCCCCAGAUUUUCAUCACAUUAAUUUGUCUUUUUCAUUAGUAAAACACUUUAUUCACCAAGUGGAAUCAAUUAAAUUAGAUAUUACUUUCAUAGUAUGUAUUAUAAAUUUUGAUAUUUAUAAUAUUUUUUUGACUGUAUGCAUCUUAUGAACUGCCUAUGAUAUUUUUUGUAAAUCUGUACAUACCAAGAAAUAUACUACCCUCAGAUUGAACUCGUAAAUUUCCCAUCAUUCUUUACUUUUUAAAUUCUUUUGUCAUAAAUAUAAUAUUCACUCCACAAACGAAUGAUUUCAGAAAGCUAAAGAUGGUUUAGAAUGUAUGAAUCUUGAAUGGUAUCUGUGUAAAUAUCCAUCACAGACAAUCAGAAUAAAAAAAGCGAUGUCUAAUUUUUCGACCAUGUAAGUGAGGUAAAAUUUCUGUUAAAGUUCACAAUCUGAAUGCCUGACACAGUUUGUGUGUUAACCAUUACCGUGUUCGUUUUUUUUAUAGACCAG